AAAUAAACCAUUAGCUUCGAAGUUCUUCUUUUCUGUUCUUACAAAUUCAUGUGUUUUGUCUGAAGUUUGUUUGGUAGAAGGAGAUGGUCUUCGCUAUAUCUGAUGAGUUAUUGGGAACUAUCGUCCCGAUUGUUGUUUAUUGGAUUUAUUCCGGAAUUUAUAUGUGUUUAGGAUCUUUAGAGAGCUAUAGAUUGCAUUCAGUGAGCGACGAGGAUGAGAAGAAUCUGGUUUCCAAACCAACUGUCGCCAAAGGCGUCCUUCUGCAGCAAGCAGUUCAGGCUGUUGUCGCCAUCCUUUUGUUUGCGGUCGCAGGGGGCGAUGAUGAGGCUUCUGUACAACAGUCAACUUCCUUUAUAGUUCUAGUUAGACAGUUUGUCACGGCAAUGGUGGUUCUGGAUACUUGGCAGUAUUUUCUGCAUAGAUACAUGCACGAGAAUAAGUUCUUGUACCGACACGUUCACUCUCUGCAUCAUCGUCUCGUCGUUCCUUAUGCAUUUGGAGCUUUGUACAAUCAUCCAGUGGAGGGGCUUCUCGGCGACACAAUAGGUGGUGCCCUAUCGUUUCUCCUGUCCGGCAUGUCUCCUCGAACUUCCAUAUUUUUCUUCUCAUUCGCCACCAUGAAAACCGUGGAUGACCAUUGUGGGUUAAUGCUUCCCGGGAACCCCUUCCAUAUUUUCUUCAGAAACAAUUCCGCAUAUCAUGAUAUCCACCAUCAGCUUCAUGGUACUAAAUACAACUUCUCGCAACCGUUCUUCGUCAUGUGGGAUGGAAUCCUCGGAACUCAGAUGCCUUAUUCGCUCGAGAAGAGAGCAGAAGGGGGAUUCGAAGCACGGCCGAGGGAAGAGUUAAAGGAUGAUUAAUUACUAUUGGUUAGCAUCCUUUCGGUUUCUUGCGCAAAAUGUACCGACAGCUCUUUUCGCUUAUAUCGGUAAACCACACUGCUUUUGUGAUUUGUAUAUCCCUAUAUUCUGAAGUUCUAAACUUGAAGCUUACUUUUGUUUAUACAGGAAUACAUUAGUCAUGUUUGAAAACUUAUUUAGAAGGUUUCUGUCAUUCAACUAGGAAGCUUAAUUCAAAUCUUGGUGUUUGUAACAU